UCCAGAUAGACGCGCCGCCAUCAGCCGCCGCCUGAGUUCUAGAGGCGGCGCCCAGGGUCUUAGGGUGUCCCUUGGGUUUGGGGGAGAGGAUGGAUGGAUGGAUGGCUGCAUCUGGGGUUAGGGGCGGAGGCUAAGCUAUAGGAGGUUUGGAGGUCGCGUCCGGGAUGGGAAAGGAGAGCUGCGCCCUGUGUCGGCGGGGUUGCUCCUGGGGUCCAUGUGGGAUGGAGCCGCGCCUGGGGGUCCUGGGGAGCACGAUCGCGCCUGGGUCCGUGUGGAACCCGUGUAUCUAAAGGAGUUUAGGACGGAGCAGUGCUCUCUGUUCUUGCAGCACAAGUGCGGCCAGCACAGGCCGUUCACCUGUUUCCAUUGGCAUUUCCUAAACCAGCGUCGCCGCCGACCCCUCCGCAGGCGCGAUGGCACCUUCAACUACAGCCCCGACGUGUACUGCUCCAAGUACGACGAGGCCACCGGCCUGUGCCCCGAUGGCGACGAGUGCCCCUACCUGCAUCGAACCACUGGGGACACAGAGCGCAAGUACCACCUGCGCUACUACAAGACGGGCACGUGCAUCCAUGAGACAGAUGCCCGGGGCCACUGUGUGAAGAACGGGAUGCACUGUGCCUUUGCACAUGGUCCCCUGGACCUGCGGCCGCCUGUGUGCGACAUCAGGGAGCUACAGGCCCAGGAAGCCUUGCAAAAUGGCCAGCUCAGCGGUGGGGACAGUGUGCCCGAUCUGCAGCCCGGGGUCUUAGCCAGCCAGGCCAUGAUUGAGAAGAUCUUGGGUGAGGACCCACGGUGGCAAGACACCAACUUCGUGCUGGGCAGCUACAAGACGGAGCAGUGCCCGAAGCCUCCCCGCUUAUGCCGUCAGGGCUACGCCUGUCCACACUACCACAACAGCAGGGACCGCCGGCGGAACCCCAGGAGGUUCCAGUACAGGUCCACACCCUGUCCUAGUGUGAAGCAUGGAGAUGAGUGGGGUGAGCCCUCGCGAUGUGAUGGUGGGGACAGCUGUCAGUAUUGCCAUUCCCGCACGGAGCAGCAGUUCCACCCUGAGAUCUACAAAUCUACAAAAUGCAAUGACAUGCGUCAGACCGGCUACUGUCCUCGGGGUCCUUUCUGCGCUUUCGCACAUGUGGAGAAGAGCCUGGGAAUGGCGAGCGACUGGAGCUGUCGUGAUCUCAGCUCCAGCAGCACCUCUGCUCACAGCAGCCAGCCUGGAGGUGCCAAGCGAAGAGACUCGCCUGCUGAAGGUAGCCAGAAAGCCACUGAUCCGGACGGCAAGCAGAACCACCUCUCCGUGUUUGCAGUGGUUCACCCACUGGCCCCCAGUGUAAGCUCCAGUGUGGCGUCCAGCCUGGCGUCCAGUGCUGGCUCAGGUAGCUCCUCUCCCACUGCUCUGCCCACCCUCCCUGCCCGCGCUGUCCCGCUGGAUGCUGCUGGCAACACCGUGGAGGCAGUCCUAGGUUCCGCCUUAGACCUUCGUCUUAGUGACAUAAAUAUCGCAUCCCUAGAUAAAGAUCUAGAAGAACAAGAUGGCCGUGACCUUGGACUGACAGGUCCUAGGUCGCUGGCAGGCUCGGCACCCGUCACCAUCCCAGGUUCCCUGCCCCGCUCGCCGUCCCUGCACUCAUCCUCGUCCUUGUCCACCUCCCCCCUCAGCUCACUGUCCCAGUCCCUGUCGGGGCCGCUGGUCUCCUCGGCCAUGACCCCCCCCCAGCAGCCGCCGCCCCUCCGCUCGGAGCCGACACUUGGCUCUACAACUUCAUCUUUCAGCUCUUUAGGUCUAAAUGGUGUUCCUGGGAGCAUCUGGGACUUUGUCUCUGGCAGCUUCUCUCCUAGCCCAUCCCCCAUCCUGAACACUGGUCCCUCAGCCUCCUCAAGUGCAAGUCCAAACAGUGCAGAGUUGGCUCGGGUCAGAAGGCAGCUGGAUGAAGCCAAGAGAAAGAUUCGACAGUGGGAAGAGUCAUGGCAGCAGGUAAAGCAGGCAUGUGACGCAUGGCAGCGAGAGGCUCAGGAAGCCAAAGAGCGCGCCCGUGUGGCUGACAGUGACCGGCAGCUGGCUCUGCAGAGGAAAGAGGAGGUGGAGGCCCAGGUUAAGCAGCUGCAGGAGGAACUCGAGGGCCUGGGCCUGUCCUCGCUACCUGGGCUACGGAGCUUCAGUGACAUCAGCGACAUCCCUCUUCCCAAGCUGCAUUCCCUGCAGAGCCAGUUGCGCCUGGACUUGGAAGCUGUGGACGGGGUGAUUUUCCAGCUCCGUGCCAAGCAAUGUGUGGCUUGCCAGGAGGGGCCCCACGACACCACCCUACGGCCCUGCCAACACCAUGUUCUGUGUGAGCCGUGUGCAGCAAGUGCACCAGAGUGUCCCUACUGCAAAGGACAGCCACUCCCAUGGUGACCAGAAGCAGGCCCCUUCUGGUGAGCAGUGCAGAGGCUGCCCUUUGCCAUGUGCCACCAAGUGUAAUGACUCGCCUACAGUGCCACCAAUGUCAGGAUGUGAGUUCAUGCCACACUGUACACCCAACGGCCUUUUGUAUUACUUUUUCUUAUCCACCGUGUCCUACCAACGGUGUCAAGGUAUUCUCAAAAACUUUAGAAGCACCAUUGAACCCACACACCUAGCCCCUGGGCAGGUGAAAUGUGCUUGGUGCCCCAGUCCUGAUGCUGCUGUGGCCAGGCGAGUGGGGGGCCGGGUCUUGUCAAAGCACUUUGUAAACCGAGAAAUUUAGUUAGAUGUUAUAAAUUGUAUAAGCUGCUUUCUAGGUUCGUGUUUUUUAAUAUGCGAUAACAUGAAGCUUUAUAAGUGUACUGUGAACUUGAAGUUUCAUAUUAGUUUGUUGUUAACUCAUAACUAUGUUAAGAUUUCAUAUUCUGAAACUACUUAAGAAAUGAACAUUAUCUAGUCGUGAGGAAGACCUAGGAUUUUUACAUUUUCAAAUUAAGUGCAAAUAGUAUUUAUAAGCAGAGUGGUUAUUGCAAUACAUAUAUGCAUUUAGAUGUUUUUAAUUUUAUGAGAGGAACUAAUUUUCCUAAACAUGUAUAGGUGCACAUGUGGUUGGAGUUUUAUAUUCCAGUAUUGUGGGGUGAAAUUGAGUGCCACCGUGCACUUAUGUGAUCCAUGGCCACUUCUUCUAAGUGCCUGUGCCUUGCAAAAGAAGUGAAGGAAAUGGUUCAUUUGGUUUUGUUUUCUCCCUUGAAUGACGCUUUCACAGUAAUGACAAACACAGCAGAUGGACCAGACAUAAGAGGACUGAGAUUCACUCGGAAAGGCGCUGUGUUCCGCUAUCUGUAAUGGCAACGGUGCUUUGUAGCUUCAGAGCUGCCUGUGGCAUCUCAGCUUGCCCUCAGAGAGGUGAGCUGGAGACUUCUGGAGUCUGUCACACUCGAUGACCGUCCACGCCUCAGCGAUGGGGGUGAUGGCCAGCAGCAGUAUAGAGUUCAGGCGACAGUGUUAGCUGACACUUGACACCUGACCUACAUAUUCAGUUAUUAUCAAUGUGACCAGUGAGGUGCCUCCAGCUCGGCAGCCCCAUUCCUGAGAUGACACAAGGUCUCCCACAGCCUGGCCUCAGGUUCAUGGCACAAAUUCUGAGAAUGUGUCCAGGGUGAUGACUUGAGCCCUCUCUGGUCAGGAUUUGGACUGUCCCUGGGAGUCUAGGGAGAACAGACCCUGCCCUUGGCAGCAUCUGGGCAGAGCAAUGUGUCCUGACUGCAGGCUCUGGCCAGGCCUAGAAGUGGCUGGCAGGCUCUCCUCUCCUGUGGCUUUGCCAAAGACUUUUAAUAGGAUUUUUUUAAAGUGCAAAGUGACUAGGUAAAACAUUUUUAUCAGUGACCAAAUUAGAAUGUAUUUAAUAUAGUAGGAGUUUAAGAGCAUUUUUUAAUAUAAGAAACUGAUAGAAAAACUCAUGACUUUGAAAGAAAAGGAUUGACAUUCCGCAGCUAGUCCACUACUAAAGGUAACUAUUGACCCAGUUUAGUGAUGAUCUUGUUUUUAAUUGUUGUGAUAAUGAUUUAUUAGCUCAGUACCUAGGAAUUGGGUAUAUUUUGUGCUACUGUUAUCAUGGUUUAAGGUUAUUUUUAUUAAUAUUUAUGCACUUGUUUCCGUGUCAGGCCUUUGGUCUCCUCUCAGGUGACAGGACAGUUACUGGUAUAUCUCACCUGGACAUGUUCAAAUUGUAACGGUUACAAGCAUUAGAUAUGUAUAAGCUAAUCUGGUUGGUGCCUCCUGGGGAGCUUGGCCAGAGCUCAUUCCCAGGGCUAACCCUCCAGGCUGGGGUGGUGGCAGUUAAGGGGUUGCCAAGUGACAGUUAAGAUCCCAUACAAGCUUACCCCAAGCCCCUGCUCUUCUAGGACCAGGCUAAGGACAGGUAUGCAGGAGAAAGACCAAAGAACUGCCCAGGGCAGUGCAGAAGGGCAAGACCCUAGGGGCUGUGGCUGAUCUUUGCUGCAUGGGGUCAAUAAAGUGAGCGAUGAGGGACAGAGGUCGGGCCUGGGUUAGGCGCUGAGGCUCUGUGGUGUCCAGUUUGCCACUGUUCUGUUACCUGUUGUCUUUUGAUUCUCUAUUACUGAAUAUUCACAGUAAAUGAUAGUGUCAGUCUAUGUUCCUGGUUGGCAGCCCUUCACAGGCGUGGAUGCUUGUAUGGAUUAAUUUAUGGAAGCCCCCAUGUGUGUUUGUUUUCAGCCUUUAGUUGAGAAUGUUAUGUGAAUGGAAUUUUCUUAAACCAGAAGGAAAUAUUUAUAAUGCAUACUCAUUUACUUGUAGUGAAUUGUUUAAAGUUGUUAACACUUGUUUAAAUUUUUUUUACACUAUAGCAUUUAUGCAAUGGUUUACAGAAUUCAUGAAAUUAUUUUUUAUCAGUCUGGGAAUUAAAACUUUGAGUCUA